AUGCAAGCUCUACUCCGCUCAAUCAAAGCUGAUAUCCAAACCAACGGCGAUGUUAGACGGUCCAGUGACAUCUGGGAGAGGGUUGGUAUGAAUCUCUUGGUCGACUUGAUGAACAGACUCAACACCUGGAACCAGAUUAGCACGGUGCUGCGACAUGUGGGGGAAUGCUUCGAGGAACGCGAGGUACCAUUGGUCGUGGGCGACGUGCUUGAUGCAAAGACGAGCGAGGCAAAGGGCGUGCUUCUCUGCGCCUUGGAUGACCGCAUGCGUCUCCAUAGCUACACUCUCAAUGCGAUAUUGCCAGGCGCCCGCAUCAUGAGGGACCGGUACGUUGCAUCAGAGAGCACAAGGAGGACGAGAGCCCCGUACGAUGGUGUAAGCGCAAUGAUCAAGUCCACCACCGACGACAUACGGAGACACAUCAUCAGCGGCAGUUUUUGUGACUUGGCGAUUGAAGUUACAGACUUGCUCGACGACCUUUCGGACUAUGGCACAUCCGCACCGUUGGAUAGACGCCUGUAUGAGCUCAUAUCGGAUUUCAUGCUCAUCGAUGAGCUGUGGUCUGGAUACAAGUAUCAUUAA